AUGUUUCUGGUGGGCAUCCCAAUCUCCAUAGUCGGCCUUCAGGGGCUGUGGCCUUGCGGCCUCCCCCACGAGCUCACCUCCCACGAUAUAGCGACGAGAAUACGUGUUGACCCGAAAACGAUCGCCGCCGCUUCCACAGACUUCGGCCGGCUCACCAACGAAGUUCCCGCCGCCGUCUUCUGCCCGUCCUCCGACCGUGAUAUCGCCGAGCUCCUCCAGGUCGCCUAUGAGUCAACGCAGCGUAUCACGGUGGCGCCACGUGGCCAUGGCCACUCCGUCUGGGGGCAGGCUUCUGCCGCCGGUGGCGUGGUCAUAGACAUGCGUUGUCUAGGCGGCAACGCCACCGGAGACGAGGAGCACUCGCCUCUGGCGGCGGCCAGGAUAAGUGUGUCGGAAGGCGGAGCUUACGUGGACGCCGGCGGGGAGCAGCUCUGGGUGGAGGUUCUGCGCGAGACUCUCCGGUUUGGGCUUGCACCCAGGUCCUGGACGGACUAUCUGUACUUGACCGUGGGUGGCACCCUCUCCAACGCGGGCUUGAGCGGCCAAGCCUUCCGCCAUGGCCCCCAGAUCUCCAACGUCUACGAACUCGACGUUGUCACCGGUAACGAUAAUCAUCAUGAUCUCUCUCUCUCUCUCUCUCUAUCUGUCUAUCUAUUUAUCUAUCUCCAUCUCUGCUGCCAUCCACCUCUAUCCUCAAUACUCAUCCACACGUUGCCGUAAGUGUUACAUCAUCGGAAAAGCGUCUACUACUCGAGUUCGAUAUCCCCAUGAUAGAUCUCACUGAUCGUAUAUGGGUUAGAUACAUCUACUGGUGUAAGCUUAAUGGAGGAUCUUGAGCCUCUUUGUCGUAUUCUCCUUGUCUUCCAACUGACUCAGCUGCGUGGUUCCGUUGGCAUGGGGAGAAAGGCCAAGGGGAGCUGAUGACCUGUUCGAGGGACCGCAACCCGGAUCUGUUCUACGCCGUUCUUGGGGGGCUUGGCCAGUUCGGCAUCAUCACCCGAGCCAGUAUUGCGCUGGAGCCGGCACCGGAGAGGGUAACGGCCGUCGGAACCACCGAGCUUUCUCCAUACUUCUUUGUUCAUGAUCAGGUCCUCACGACCAGGUCUACAUAUCCUGCGCAGGUGAGGUGGGUGCGGCUGAUUUAUACAGAUUUCGCGGCCUUCACGGAGGACCAGGAGUUCUUGAUCUCCCUGGACGGGAGAGGAGCCCCGGGGAAGAAGAUCAUGAAGCGGGAAGAUAAGAAGUAUAAGGGAUUCGACUACGUGGAGGGCUCCGUCACUCUGGGUCACACCCCCGUGAGCAACUGGAGGUCUUCCUUCUUCUCGGAGGAUGACUCCAGGAGAAUCGCCUCCCUAGCGGCUCAGCAUGGUGCAAUCUAUUGCUUAGAGGGGUCCAUGUACUAUGGCUCGUCUUCCGCGCCGACUAUUGAGCAGGUGAGACGGCGGCAGGCAACUUGCUCCGCCCUUGUAGCCCACUCCUGCGGGUCUUUUUCAUCCAUGAUCGUCCAAAGGCUCUCCUUCUGUGGGUCCUCUGGAUUCCUCUCCGACCCCGAGAGCAUGGCCGACCCAGAGAUUUGGCCUUCUCCUUAGAUGGGUCCUCCAGAAACAGAUUUGGCCUUCUCCUUGAAUGACCAGAUCUCCCUACCCCUCGACGUCGUGUCUCACAAGUUAUUCAGGUCAGUGAUCUCACGUAAACGGGUCUGCUGACGAGUGUUGUCCAUGGCCGCAGGACGUCGAGCGGCUACUGGAGGAUCUCAGCUUCGUGCCAGGGUUUGUCUUCACAAACGACGUCAAUUACGUAGGGUUUCUGAACAGAGUUCGUAAAGGGGAGCUACAGCUUCGGAGCAACGGCCUCUGGGACGUCCCUCACCCGUGGCUCAACCUCUUCGUCCCCAAGACCAGGAUCUUAGAUUUCAACGUCGGUGUUUUUAGAGGCAUCCUCAUGCGUAAUCACUCUGUGGGUCCGAUUCUCGUCUAUCCUUUGAACAGAAACAAGUAAGCCAUCAUUUCCAUGGAGUUUCUUUACAGUAAGUGCUCAUCGCCGUAGAUGGUGGCCAUCUCAGGCAAUCGCUUGCGGCGAAGUUUGAAACAUCUAACAUUAUGGCGACGGGGUUUUCGCAGGUGGGACGAGAGGAUGUCGUCGGUGGUUCCCGACGAGGAGGUCUUCUUCACGGUGGGGUUACUGAGGUCCAGCACGCCGGAAGACUGGCGGCAGCUGGAGACGCAGAACGAAGAGAUCCUUCGCUUCUGUGAAACAGAAGGCAUCGAGGUUAAACAGUACCUUCCCCAUCAAAAGGGCAGAGCCGACUGGGUGAAGCAUUUCGGCCGGAAAUGGGGUGCGUUCCUGGAGAGGAAGAAGAACUACGACCCGAAAGCGAUCCUCUCCCCCGGGCAAGGGAUCUUCGACUCUCCAGUUGCCUGA